AUGAAGUGUGGUGACAACGAGGAAGACCAGGGCGAGGGUUGGUUCAAGAAAAGGAGGAUGGUAAAGGAUCUCGGCCACGAGCAUUAUCCGAAGCUACACCACUCAAGCCUGAGUAGGAAUCAAGACCUGACGAACCCCACAACAUCGAGUAAGAUGUCAACAACGGUCAACCGCUCUAUACGGAAGAUCGCCGACGAGCCGACGGGGAGGCUUGGCUAG